AUGACAACGUUUAGGUUUUGCCGUGAUUGUAACAACAUGUUGUAUCCCCGUGAGGACAAAGAAAGUCAAAGAUUGUUAUUUGAGUGCAGGACAUGUUCUUACGUAGAAGAGGCUGGUACUCCUUUGGUGUACAGGCACGAACUGAUAACAAAUAUUGGUGAGACCGCAGGUGUUGUUCAAGAUAUUGGGUCUGAUCCCACGCUUCCGAGGUCUGACAGAGAAUGUCCUAAAUGCCACUCAAGAGAGAAUGUCUUCUUCCAAUCUCAGCAAAGAAGGAAAGACACCUCGAUGGUUUUAUUCUUUGUUUGUUUAUCAUGCUCUCACAUUUUUACCUCAGAUCAAAAGAACAAACGUACCCAGUUUUCCUGA